UAUUAAAUAUUUGCCGUGGUUUUAAAAGCUAUCUAUUGUGUGUUUUUGCAAUAUCAAACACAAUAAGUGUAUACAAAGCUUGAUCCGUUCAUACUGUUUCCAUGACAAUUAUCGGACAUGUCAAAAUUAAAAGUCAAACGAUGUCUUCUUGACGUCGAAAUUCAGAAUUUCUGACAAUUCUGACGAGUGACGACUGUCAAACAAAGUCGGAGUCGGAAGAUACCGAUAUAUUGAUAUCCGUGGAUGUUGUGUAUUUUGUUUAGUAAAAUGUUAUAUUUAUAUUUUCUAUGCGUGUAACCAAUAUUACUUAAUGGUUGUAUGUAAACAGUAAUAUUUGAACUUCGGUUUAUACAGAUUGUGGAACAUAACUAGGAAUUAUGUCUGGAAGUUCGGCAAAAUCGAACAAUGAAGAUGCGGGUGUUUACGACCUUCUCUCGGAGCUCUGUUCGAAAACAGCCGGAAAAUACUGCAAUCAGAAUAGAAUCUCACAAAAGCGGCUAAUGACUAAAAUGAGAUCCCAUGCAUACGAAAUAAUUUUAAAGAAAUCUGCGAAAGACUUUUCUACAUCGAAGGGAGAGCCUAUCGUUGACUUGCUAUCCUAUUAUUUUGUGUAUCAACAAAAUGCUAGGAAUGUUGCUGAGUAUAAAAGAACUGUUGAGUUAAAGAAAAUAAUAAGCACCAUUCGUCAUACUGAUUUUGGUGAAAGUAAAGAAGUUGUAUACAAUGUAUUGAGAUUGUUGAUUGGGCUGAGUAAUACUGUUAGUGAGGAUUUAUCAUCUGAAAUGUUUCAAAAUCCAUUCACUUUUGGUCUUCUUGAUGAAAUGCUUCCAAAGCCUAAGAGAGAAGCAUUUGGUUCUCCUCAACCUUAUUCAUAUUAUCCAUCACAUGUAUUUGAGCUGCCAUUCUCAUUAAAACGCCAGGGGGCUAUGUUGGACAGCCAAAGGUCUCAAACAUAUACUGAGUACACUGUGGAGAGUUUUGAUUCCAAAUCUUUUUUACCAGAAUCUACACACUCACAUGCGCCAACUCAAGUGGAGUUAAAAACCUUUCUCAGUCCGAUGUCCCUUGCUUCACUUACAUCCACACAUCUGUCCCCAUAUUCUGAGAGUACAAUGUUAAACUACCCACGACUGACAGCACCAAGAGAUUUACAUAUACCGGGGUCAUUGUCCAAUGAUGCAAAUAUAAGGAUAUCAUUAGCAAGUACAAAUAUAAAAUCAGAUGUCAAGGAAGUCUUCAGAGCUAAAACUGAUGAUGAUGUGGACAUAUGGGAGCUAGCCACACAGGUUGACAAGGAUAUUCCUGAUGAUAUCUGGGAAAUUGUUUGCAAGUUACCUCCAAUUAAUGAAAGACAGUUGCUAGCAUCCUCGUCUAGAGAGCUCGGCCUAUGGCGACAAACUUACGGCGGUUGUCUCACAGAGUUGAAUGUCAUAUCUGAAAAGCAGUUUAUCAGACAUAUCAUGUAUUUAAUCAUUGGUGUUGAAACAAACUCAUUUCCAUUCAGUCAGGAAACAAACAGUUUCUACAUGAGAGACAAUUUAGUUCUAGAAUGUAUAUCAAAGGAACACAUACAAGGUUUUGUCUCAGAGCUAUUGCUAGUCGGCAAUUAUUAUAGACGCCUUUAUAAAUUUGCAUUUAAUGACAGUUUGGAAGAUCAUUUUCAUAGCAAUGGAUUGGUUUAUGAGGCAGCAAGAGACGUAAUAAGGCGAUAUUUACUAGAAUUCCGCCUGAUCGCUACUCAGAUAUACGAGGAAUCGUGUAAGAACAGUGAUGAGGACUUAAACUGUAUGCCGACAUUAUUACAAAUACUAAACCACAUGGAGCCACUGAAAUAUGAAAUAGAAACUAUUGCGUCUAUCUACAAAGUUAUUGAUUCAGAUUCUAAAGGUGUUAUUCCUCACGGUGCAGAGCUAAUGUCGUACUUGUUUAACGAAAUAUCGCUGAUUACCCACAGGCCUACUACGUUGACAAUGUUCAACUCCUUAUUUUCAAUCUGCCGGGUUUAUUUCAAAUUUAUCGAAAGAUUUAUAUUCGAAGGCGAACUAGAUGACAGAUAUAACGAGUUCUUCAUUCGUAAAGACAACCAGUACGUGAACUGUCGCUCUAAGAGGUACUGGGAUAAAGGGUUCCAUAUCACGCAGAGCGUGGCCGUGCCAGAGUUCCUGAAGUCGUUGGCUAAGUUUAUACUGCUGUGUGGGAAGUCUUUGAGAUUAUUGAAAUUAUGUAACCCUUCGGACCCACUAGUCCUGCUGAUAUCUUCAGACCAUCCAUCAGUCAAGUGUUGCGCCAGUUUCCAAGAGCUAGAGAACCAACAGCAAGUCCUCGACGUAUAUCGUACACGGUGUCUGUUCGUCAGCGGUGAACUUGUCACCUUCGAUCAGAUUCUACUGAAGAGGGAGGCGGAAAGGAAAGCCUUCACUGAAAUGGCGUCAUUGAAGCAAGCGGAGACUAUGGAAAAGAUUAUUGCUGAACGCAAAAGACUAGCGCAAUUAAUAAUAGCCGAGAAGCAACACUCCUUAAGAGUUCUAGAAGCUGCUAUGGCUGAGGCCAAAGCCGCUAAGAGCAAAGCUAAGCUACGCGAGAAAUUGCGACAUGAACUGGAACAUAACGCGGAAAAAGCAUCCGACGAACUGGACGCUAAAUUAAGGGAUCAGGAAAAGAACAAGAUAAUGGAGUACUACUCAAAACUCAACAUGGAAGUAGAGAAAAGUAAAAUGCACACGGAAUGGAAGAUAAAACGAUUACAGCUAGAUCAAAGCAGAAUGCAAUUACUAUCAACUGAAGAACGAAAUCUAAAACGAGAAAAGUUUGAACUUGAACAUCAGAAAUAUGAAGACGUCAUGGCGAUGUCUAUACAAAGCGAUUUUAAAUCAGAGGAUGACCUUAAUACUAAAGAAAGUGAAGAAAACAAUGACGAAGAUGUCAACAAUCAAGUAUUACAAUCUACCCCGUCAAAUAAUGUGGAACUGGUUGAAGAACCUACAGUCAUAACAGAAUUUGAUAACAAUAAAAUAAAAUCACAAACUUCUACUGCAGUAUUUAAUGCCAUAUGUAAUGUGGCGAAAAGCUUUUUCGGCGUUUCUAAGAGUCACGAUGACAAUAAAUGUGAUAAUAAUAAAGAGCUUGAUGGUCAAGGAAAUGUUGUUAAAUCAAACCCUGAAGUUAACUCUAAUGCUGUCCACACUCAGUCAUCCAAUGAAAUAGGAAGCAAAUUAGACGACGUGUUCGAUAACUUACAAUACCACAAAAUGAGACAAGAAGCUUUAACGAAUAAACAAAAAGUCAUGUCUCACGAAUUCGGGCAACUAGAUAAAGAAAAUAAUCAGCUAAAAGACCCGCCGUUAAUAGAAAUUGCGUCGAUUGAUGAAGAAAAUAAUGUUGAAGACUGGUCGCCUUUCAUGGAAGCUAAACGUAAUAAAUUAAAGGUUUUGGGAGCUGAGUUUGAGAUCUUGAAGCCAGAUAUUAAAAUAGCCUCUGAACCUAGAACUGACGCCCAGAAAGAAGCAUUAUUGAACAAACAGAAAGUAUUAGGAGUUGAAUAUAACCUGCCUGCUGAGAAAGCCGCUAAAAAGGAACCGUUAAAUGAGGCUCAAGAAGAGGCAGUACGUAAUAGAAAAAAGGUUUUAGGCGCCGAUUGUGAGGUGGAUGCAGUUACUGGUAGUCCCAAAAGAGAGAACUCUAGACGGCUGGGUUUGACGUUAAAUUUGAAACCGUAUGGAGAUGUAUCCACAACAAGCACUUAUAGACUAGGCAUGACGCCGAACACAGGUGCUGUUACACCAGGAGAUUAUUUCCCAAGGCUUGACCUGGAAACACCAACAACAGCUGAUGUACCACUAGAAAGUGCAUUGACUGCAGAUUUAUUCACACCUAGAAGCGAAACAGGUAAAGAUUUAGAAACAAAACAAAAGGACAAGGAGUUUCUAUCGUCCGAAGGUUUUAACUUCCCAUUAAUUGGGGAUGAUGAAAACGGGGAAUCAGAAGCUACUAGCGAUGCCCAAACAGGUGAUACCCCAGACGAAUCUCCAUCUAAGUCAUCUGGGUUACCAACAGUCAAAAACCUGAAAUCCAAAUACUCGUUUUUCAAUAUAUUAGAUGGCUCAUACAGUCCAGAUGACUUCGAUCCGUUCGGUAUCAAAGAGCUGAAAUCGUUCUCGAAAGACCACUUCACAAGUAAAAUGAACUUAGCAAUGAAUAGUUCUUGUUAUACCCAUCCUUCGCUUAUAAUGGAAGAGGUUAAAAAACCUCCUUACAAUAAUAUAUUUGCGUCUCAUUUUGGCUCGGACGAGGAAGAACAGAAGAAGAUUACUUGUGACAACAUCGCCACGCUAACAGCUUGCUUACAAAGAUCUGUGAUGUUACCGCUAACGUAUCAACUGGAAGUGGUUAACAACUCCAUUCUCACCUACUUCCUCGUUAACUUAGAUAUGUAUGAACAUCUAAGGAGUUUAAAAGAUUAUUUUUUCUUGAUGGAUGGAGAAUUUUCUCGCAGUAUAUGCCAUAAUUUGUUCGCUAAACUAGUCAAGACUUUAAACCCUCAAGAGUUGCUGAACUUCGCUACCUUACAUAAUAUAUUGGAUAAGGCUUUGGGGUCUUCUAUAUCACAUGUCCACAAGUUUUCGGAGAAUUUAUCCUUCACGAUAACUGAAUCUCCAUUGAGUUUCCAACACAGCUCACCAGAUGUCUUACAGUGUCUAUCACUCACGUAUUCAGUGAGUUGGCCGUUAAACAUAAUAUUGUCGCAAGAGGCGUUGCUGCGGUAUGCCAAAGUAUUCCAAUUUCUGAUCAAAAUGAGACGAAUAUUCUGGGUAUUGGGUGAAGAUUUUGAAUCUUUAAAACUAUCAGCGAAAGUAACAGGACAGCAUUCAAGAAAACUGCUCAGGUCACCUCAGUACAUAUCCAUACAAAUAUACAGGCACAUGAUGGCAUCCAUGAUUCGCGCGCUAGACAACUACAUUGUCACAACUUGCAUACUAACUUCUUGGACGGAGUUCGAGAAUGAUUUGAAGAAAGCUCGCACCCUAGACGAUCUUUACGAGUGUCAUGUGGUGUAUAUUAAGAAAGUACUGUUUAGAUGCCUGCUGAACAACAGAUCGACGCCUGUUAUGAAGCUGCUAAAUGAUAUUUUUACAGUGAUAUUGAAGUUCAGUCGAGUUUUGAAAGCAGGAGAAUGGCAACAAAAAGAACCAAACGGCUGUUUCACACACUCAAGUUUCAUACAACUUGAAGAACUAUUCCAUUUAUUCGAAAAGCUUGCUAAAUACCUACAUAAAGUCGUCACGAAACUUAUGGAGUGUGGCUACCAAAGACAUCUAGUGGAACUCUUGACUAUGGUCAAUUUGAACGGAUAUUAUGAUCCGGAGAGGUCGAAAGAAGAUACAAAUAACACAAUUCAAUCUCCUUGAAAGAUAAGGUUAAAGGAGGAAAGUUUGGUAACUUAUAUAUUGAAUCUGUACAAAUUGAGUAGAUGUUUAUAUGGUAUGUUUGCAGAAAUGAGUCUGAGAUUAUAAGAUAUUUAUGCAUGCAAUCAUUGACGGAAUACCUGAAACCUGAAAAUGGGACUAGGGUCUGUAUAACAAGAGAUCUGGAUUUUGCUAUACUAUGUCAUUUGGAAGAACUUACUUAGGAGCUCGAUAUUUAACCUAAUUAAAGUUUUGUUUAUUAUUACUUUAACACCAAA